AUGAAGGGAAAAUAUUUAAGUGAGCCCCUCCACUCGGCUUAUUGGAUAUCAGAAUAUCUUUGGUUCGAAAGUCUCCGAACUACUCACAUCGAGAAAGUUGAAAAUAUUUGCAUACCUAUGGCGGAGAAUAACCCUGAGUUUCGAGUGCUUAUAGCCGGAGCUGGUAUAGCAGGGCUAGCAACAGCAAUAGCACUCAGUCGCAUUUCAGGAAUCCCAAAUCUCGACAUCCAGCUGUACGAACAGGCUCCAGAGUUAACUGAGAUAGGAGCGAGCAUUGCACUUAGUCCUAAUGGCAUGCGGACUCUGGAAAAGCUCGGUGUCCACAAUGCACUCACAGAUGAGAAUGGCUAUCGAGGGCCAAGUGGUAUACCCCAAAUUUUCCGCCACUGGAAAACGAAUCAAGUAGUAACGGUAGAUACUCACGUCAACGUGCCCAAUCCGCGUCAUCACACUACUCGAUUCCAUAGAGGACACUUGCACAGUGCCCUACUGCAGCAUGUUCCCGGAGAGUCAAUUCACCUCAACAAAAAGGUAGCUGGUGCAGUGGCCACUGACGAUAAAGUAACUCUUUACUUUGAAGACGGAAGUGAAGCUCACGGUGAUCUUCUGAUUGGUGCUGAUGGAAUUAAAUCGAGAACGAGGCAGUCUUUCUUCCCAGAGUAUAAACUCAAGUUCAGUGGCAAGGUCUUCGCCAGAUCGACUUUCGAUGCUUCUAUAGUUGAAGGAAAAAUCCCGGAUUUACCUGCUGACUCUAUGCAUUGGUGGGGACCAAAAGAUAAUUUCUUCGCAUCAAGAUUGGGCAAGGGGCAAUACACCACUGUUGGCGCAUAUGAAGAUGGACGUAGCGCAGAAGAGCUAGAAAAGCAAGUCUCCUGGGACCAACCAGGGAACGUGGAGUUUCUCAGAGAAAAGUAUAAGAAUUGGAACCCUACUGUCAAAGCCUUGACUGAGUUAACCCCUUAUACUCGUUUAUAUGCCAAUUAUGCUGGGGAGGCCCUCCCGACAUGGGUUCUUUCGUCUCGAGCAACCUUGGUUGGCGAUGCUGCUCAUACUCAUGGUGGUGCCUUUGCAGCCGGUGGUUCCCUAGCACUUGACGAUUCGUUCGCCCUAGCAUUGGCAUGCAAACAUGUUUUUUUGGCAGUCAAACCAGUCGAAUCCAAGUUUAGGUCAUCAGAUAUCAGAAAAGCCUUAGAGCUAUACGACAAGACUCGGCGUCCACACACGGGAAGACUCCUAAAAAUUGUUCACGGCCAGAUUAAUAAGAAACCAGAAUUACACGUCUCUAGCGAAGAAGAGGAUGCAGCGCUCAUUUCGAGGAUGAGGAAUAGACCUGAUACAGUGUGGUUGUCCGAACAUGAUGUCGUGCAAGCCUUUGAGAAAGUAGUUGAAAGAACACAACUACACAGCAGUAUUGAAGGAAAUCGACAAUCUCAGCACUCUGUCCCUGUUGCAUCGGGCAGUGAGCGUGCAGGGUUACAGGCGAGCAAACUGUAA